CAACCACGAAAUAUAUUUCUACAAUAAAAUGUAUGGAAGUUUCAUGUCAAACUACUUUACCUGAUUCUCAUUCCCAUAAUUCAUUAAUCCGAAAUGUUAAAUAAUGAAGAACAUUGAAAUUUUUUAUAUAUUUUUAUACAGAUAUCAAAUCAAUACUACAGACAACGUCAAUACAAAAUAAUUGAAAGAAAAUCUCGAAAAUGAAAUGACAAUUUGUUGGGGAAAUUCAACAAUUUCGCGUAUAUUUUGUGGCAUCGUUUUAGCCAGAUUACAACAUCAAUCUCACUGCACAGUUGAAGCUCAAUCUUUUGUUUUCAUAUCUUGCACAUAUAUCUUCAAAAAUUAUGCUAAAAAUAAGUUUAGAUCAAAAAGCAAAAACCUAAGCACGAAAAAUGAAACUUCACAUUUAAAAUCAUAAAAAAAAUUUAGAAAAUUUCUAUUAUUUAAACCGCAAAUUCAUGAAACUCAGAAAAUGAAUUUAUUGCUGUACAAAAGAUAAUGAUAAUUCACAACUCUCUCACAUUCACAAUACAAAAAUAAAUGAGACAAAGAAAAUAAAAGAAAAACUUGAAUGUUGUGACAACUUGAAUAAAAUAAAAAUUAUUAAACAAAUGAGGUAUGAAAAAUACAAAAAUUUUAUAAUGAAAAACUAUGAAAAUUUAUGUAAAAACGAUGUCGACUUGAGAAAUGGAAACUUUUUUCUGGAAACCAAAUAAAAUUUAAUAUUAGAUGAAAG